AUGUCGUCUUCAUCCCAGCGAUCCGGGUCACCCUACAUCGACAAUGACGCCACGCAUCUGGGGAAACUCAAGACCAAGGCAUGCGACACAUGUCGAAUACGAAAAGUGAAAUGCACCUUCGCUCCUCCACUCCCCGCAGGUGAACCAUCCCCGAAACCAUGUAUGCUGUGCAAGAAGCAUGGUUUUGCCUGUACGUACGAGCGUAAAGCUAAGAAACCUGGAGGCAGCUCGAGAGAAGGUCGCAGGAUGAGUGAUAUAGGAGGAAGGGCUCGACCGAUUGCACCUGUACCGCGUGACCCAAAGGAGAAUCAGGAUGCAUCCAGUCGUCCGACGCAGAGUGCUCAAUCAAACAUGGAAGGACAGGGAAUUCAUAGGAAGGGUAUAAGUGCGAUUCCGGAGAUCGCUUCAAACCCUUUCGACGAGAUUUUACCAAGACAAUUGCUUUCCUCAGCCAUCUCCACGUUCUUCGAUCAUCUCUACUGUUUGACCCCACUGGUGCAUAGGCCUACCUUCCUGUCUGGUCUAGAAUGUCGAAGGGAAGAACAGCCGGACAAUCAAGAAUGGGUAUCUCUGGUUCUGUUGCUGGUCGCUGCUACUCUCGUUCAAGCUCCUUGGGCAUUCCCUCAUCUUCAGAGGAAGGAGAUAGAGAAAUUAGCUCAGAGUUGUUAUAGGAGAGGAAAAAUAUGGUUGGUGAAAGAUUUCAGAGAUAUCACUGUCGGGAGAUACUUGAUCGCUGAGUAUUACCGUAGAGCAUGCAUGGUCUCAGCUCAUUUGGAAGAGAUCGGUAUGGCGGAGAUGUUUAGAGGAUCUUUAUGGGGAUUGAUCUUCAAAUUGAGGAUGCACGAGGAAAGUAGUUACGAAGGUCUCAAUCCUGUAGAAGAAGAGCUGCGGCGAAGGGUCUUCUGGCUGGCGUUUGGGCUGGACAAAGCACGUUGCGCUGUUCAUGCGGAUAUGGUCCAUGUGACCGGGGAGCAUUGCGCGGAUGUCCAUUUGCCCAAGGCUCUGGAUGAUGAGUAUAUCACAAGGACAGGGUACGUAUCACCUUCCACCGAAAAAACUCCCAUACUCCUUGGGUUUUGCUAUGUCUCACGCAUAUUUGAGAUCCUUGGUCAAGCAUUAGAUCUAAGACGAAUAGACCGAAGAAGAAAUCCCACAGGUAUUCAUCUACAAAUGAGACUGAAUGAGGUUAAUGGGCUUUUGGAGCUGUGUGAAUCCAUCAUGGAUGAUUGUCCAUCCGCUCUGAGGCUCAAUCGGCCAUUGGAUACUUCCCAAUCGCAAGCGCAGUCUAGGAGCUCAUUCCUGGUACAGCAAGCCAACAUAUAUAUGACACAGCAAAUGACCAGACAACUGCUUUUGGAAUAUCGUGCCCAGCUUCGAGCUCUACAGCGUCACCAACAAUUGGAGGAUUUAGGACAAGCUGGUAUGCCACUAUUAUACGAUAUGCAUUUACAAUCUGGUCUAUCGGAUGAGGAGAAGGAAUGCGUUUCCAGGGAUGUCCUCAACGUUCUAGAAGCUAUCCCAAUGCAAGCUUUAGCCGUCAAUACUACUGGCGUUGUCAAUAAAAUUCGCUUCAUCGCAGUAAGCUUAUUAGACGGUCUUACGGAGAAUGGAGUAGAAGGCGAAGAUGGUGCCGUGGGGCUAUCUCGUCGUCAAUACCAUCGAGAAUACCUUUGGAAAUUUCUGACUACUCUGGGGGAGAUAGAGGCUAUGAGCUCUUUGAAGGAGAACACAUGA